AUGCAGCUCAUUUCCCUACUCCUCCCGGCACUCGCCACAGCCCACUUCGUCCUCGUCUACCCACCAUCCCGCAAUGGCCAAGACGACGAGAUUGAAGUCAACUCGCCCUGCUCCGGCAAGCCGGUCUCGGACAACCGCACAACUAUUGGUUCCACCAGUUUCCCGCUCGCGCUGGAGAUGGGUCACGACGAGAGCGUCAUCCAAGUUUCACUCAGUCUGAACAACGAUCCGUCUGAGGCCGACUUCAACAUCACGCUCGUGCAGACCUUUGGGGAGGAAGGGCUAGGCGAGUUCUGCUUGCCGAUGGUCACGAUUCCGAAGAGCGCAGGGGUGAAGGAGGGGAUGAAUGGCACGAUUCAAGUCAUCACGGACGGAGAGGGUGGCGGCGGGUUGUAUGCCUGCGCAGACGUAACGUUUGGAAGCGCAGCAGCAGCUCUGCCAUCGUCGUGCACGAACAACACAGGCGUCACCGCAUCGGCACUACCUUCGCCUAUCAAUGCGAACGCGAGCAAUGGGGAGGGUCAGCCGCAAAGUGGGAGUGCAAGUGGAAGUGCAAGUGCUGCCAGUGGCAGCGCGAGCGCUACCGCGAGUGGGAAUGGAGCAGGGAUGGCCAUGGCGACUGUGGGUGCUGAUGUGCUGGGAUGGGGUGUCGUUGGAGGAGUCGUUUUGGCUGGUGUUGGACUGCUAUAG